CGAUUAUUUCUAUAGGGGGUCAGUAGUGGAGUAGCGUUCCACCUGUCAGUCGGACAUAUAGUAGUUGCUACUACUUCCGGACGUGAUACAUUCAGUAGUUCGUAUCUCUUAGAUUGAACACGUUCUGACACGGCUAUGUUCUCAUCGACACUCUUCGAAUAAAGCAAAGGACAUAUUUGAAUCGAUAUUUGAAAUUAUCAUUAUGAAGCAUCAACAAGUAACUGUAGACAUGACGAACAUGGUGUUUACCGCUUGCUCUUAUUUGGCGCUUGCUGGAGCGGUUUGGAUAUUCCUGCGUCUUAUUCAGGCCUGCUUUUGGCUGCCAAAACAUUUAAAAAGGCAAAAUGACGUUCAAAGAAUGUUGCAAGAUAAGGUGGACAGCUAUGAGAAGUAUGUAUUAGAAUGCGAAGAGAAGGAAAAGGCGGAAAUGUUGGAUCAAAUUGACGAUGAGAAGAAAAGCCUCGAAAUGUCGGAGAAAUGGAAAGAACGACGGGAAUGUCUGGAUAUGCUUAAGAAAGAGCUGCAAAGAGUUCGCGAAGGCAAAGAUAUGUCCGAUUGGGACGCUUUACUGGACGAGGAAUUGAAGAAGCAUGAAUUAGAUUCUAAGUUUUUAGAUGAGGAGGAGGAAGAAGAGGAAAACUCUAAGAAAGAUAUUAAAGAGAAAAGCGAAGAGAAAAGUGAAAAAGAAGGCAAAAAAAUAGAUCCGAAGAAGGAAAAAUAAUAUCGAGUGCUUUAAAAGUGCCUUAUUAAGACUGUUGAAUUGUUUUAUGAGAACUUGUAUCAGUACGUAGCAGAAUAUUAUUUAUAAAUCUCUUGA